AUGGAAAUAAGAAAACAACAACAUGGAAGCUGGGUUGGACGCAUUGUCUUUGAAUUAUUUGCUGAUGUUGUACCUAAAACUGCUGAAAAUUUUCGUGCGUUAUGUACAGGAGAGAAAGGAACAGGGCCUACGACUGGAAAACCUCUCCAUUAUAAAGGAUGUCCUUUCCACAGAAUUAUUAAGCAAUUUAUGGUUCAGGGUGGAGAUUUCUCAAACCAAAAUGGCACAGGUGGAGAAAGUAUAUAUGGUGAAAAAUUUGAAGAUGAAAACUUUCAUUACAAGCAUGAUAAACCAGGGCUGCUGAGCAUGGCAAACGCAGGACCUGGUACUAAUGGCUCUCAGUUCUUUAUUACAACGGUGCCUACUUCUCACCUGGAUGGGAAACAUGUGGUGUUUGGCCAAGUGAUCAAAGGAAUGGGCGUAGUUAAAAUAUUAGAAAACAUUGAAGUAAAAGGAGAAAAUCCUGCUAAGUUGUGCAUCAUUGCAGAAUGUGGAGAGCUAAAGGAAGGAGAUGAUUGGGGAAUUGUUCCCCAGGAUGGAUCUGGAGAUGCUCAUCCAGAUUUUCCUGAAGAUUCAGAUAUAGACUUGAAAGAUGUUGACAAGAUUGUGACCAUAGCAGAAGACAUAAAGAAUAUAGGAAAUACUUUCUUCAAAUCGCAAAAUUGGGCAGUGGCAGCUAAAAAGUAUAGUAAAAGUUUACGGUAUGUAGAAGCUUCUGAAGCAGUGGCAAAGGAGGCAGACAAACCAAAGUUAAAGACUGUUGCUUUGACCUGUGUUUUAAACAUUGGCGCUUGUAAACUAAAACUGUCAGAUUGGCAGGGAGCCAUUGAAAGCUGUUCAGAGGCUCUUAAAAUAGAUCCAGCAAAUACUAAAGCUCUCUACAGACGGGCUCAAGGAUGGCAGGGAAUAAAAGAUCUCGAUCAGGCAUUGGCUGAUCUUAAAAAGGCUCAUGAAAUAGCCCCUGAAGACAAAGCUAUCCAGACGGAAACACUCAGAAUCAAACAGAAGCUAAAAGCCCAAAAGGAGAAAGAGAAGGCAGCUUAUGCUAAAAUGUUUGCUUGAUUUUUUUUCUAAACUUUUAAAUCUAUGCACUAACUCAUGCAAAAGGAUAAUUGGAGCUGCUUCUUUCAUUUGCCCUGUACUGCAGUUUUCAGUGUUUACAACUCAAAAGCCUAAUAAAGACAAACUGUUCAAAGGUGA